AUGCCUCGAGGAAGAUGUCUGGCCAAGCUUGCCGAGCAAGCAGAUUUUCCCUACGACGCCAUCAAGAAGAUCCUCGCACAUUCCCUCGAUCCCGAUACAGCACUUGUGACCCUCACCGUCCUCGUCAAAGGCGCACGCGAGGACAUCUCGGAGUGGGAUGUUCAGGAACACCGGCCAGCUCUUCUCUUUGAUUACUGGGCGAGCUUCAAAGGCAGGACCCGUCAAGACGUCCUCGGUAUCGGAGAGCUGUAUCACCCCUUUAAAUUCUUGCGACACCGUCGCGUCCGAGGCCAAUGGCAGGUGCUCGUUCAGUGGCUCGGAUACUCAACCGAGGGAGAGGAUGCGUCUUGGGAGCCGGUCAUCAAGAUGCGCACUGACGGACCCGGUGUCCUGGCCGACUAUUGCGGAUAUGUGGAUGACGAGAGUACGAAGGCAGCUCUCCUAGGGCCGAUUGCCCUCACAGACGGCACUGGGGACCUCGUAUCUGCCAAUGAAGACUCCAAACCGUCUGUCAGGACUCCUGUGCCUACUAAGCAAACAACGAAGCGCAAGAGAGGGAGUCUAGCCGAGCAGUCCGAACCUGUUGGUGACAAGCGCCGACGAUCCUCCAGGUAUGACUCGACGUCCGCAAUCAAGUCACCCGCCCCCAAACCGUCUGCUUCGAAGAGAAGACAAUCCCACGUCCCUCCUGACGCCUCGAUCCCGCCCCAAAUGACACCGAAAUCGCCCACCUCCACCAAGACGCAAGAGAAGCUUCCCGUGAACGCCACUGCCAGUGUCGCACCCUCACCCGCUCCGUCGCAACCUCAAUCGAGACGCAAAAGCUCUCGAGCAGCUUCUGUGGCAACUCCCGGUGCCCCAGCACCACAACGUCUUAGCCCCGCCGAUGUCCCCCGGACGAUGCUGUGGUUCAUGGACGACUUCACGGUCGGCGAUAUGCAAAAGGUCUGCCGCUUUAUCGACGAGCACUGCACGGGGAAACUCCGCCUUCCUCUCUACAGCGGCGGCGAUUGGGACGGCAAGACUGCCAGUGGAAGGUGGGAAGACGUCUUCAUGGUGAGCCCACUUGGUCGCCUGGGUCGAUACGAUAACGAGGAUGAAAAGGAGGAUUGA